CGAAAAAGUUCAGAAGAGAAGAAGUCAUUUUGAAAUUUCAAAUUUUUCAAGCGUCGUUAAUUUUUUACUACCUCAGUGGAAUGUGAAGGUGGUCAUUCUGGGUCAAAUUGAGCCAAGCAAUUUACAAACGGUUGCCGUGUCAACAAUAAUUUUUCGAUUGAUCUAUAAAAUUUCUGAAAUAUACUGCAAAACAAAGAUCCAUUGCGCCGACAGAAGAAAUGUAAUAUUAAAUUGUCAAAAAAAAAAACAUCAGGGUUGCAGUACAGAAAGAAAUGCUCUAUUUACAAAAGAAAAAUUAUACCUUUUCUGUUGAUGAAUAUUUAUCCAAAAAAUGUACAGUCCAUACGUAUAAAAUUUUGUAAUUAUAGAAAAACAGUCUUGAGUAGCUAUCAGGGUUAACUGUAUUGUCCGAUCGAAAAAUCCCGUUUCUUGGUUUUCAAGUCGACGCACGGGUCAUUUUGACCUGUGUGACCACGAAGUGUUAAGCAAUAUAUUUUUUUUAUAUUUCCGGUUUAAUGCCCCAUUUAUCAUGGUCACGAUACUUCCAUUGUAUUCUAAUUCGUUCAAUCCCCUUUAGUCCGUUCGUCAACAUUAACAGAGUUUUAUUCAUAUUCAUUAAAUCUUUUUGACACACGAAUUCUUCAGUGCGUAGCUAAAUCCCGUAUCAUACUCGUGGUACAAUCGAUUCUAAUCCACGAAGCAAUUAAGAAGUUGAUGAGGUGAGAAUCGCCUGCUCAAGUUACAAAAAUCUAGAUGGCCAUAUAUCACGGUUAUCGCGAUGAUUGCUACCUAGUAAUAAUAACGUGAUAAAUAGCCGAAGAUUCAUUAACAUCGAUGCUGCUGCCUUCCGACUCUCUCAUGAUAUUCUCUCUUAAGUUCAGAAGAGGAUCGCAGUCUCGAGCAACAUUGCAUUUAAUGGCAGCCAUGACAUCUUAAUUGGAUGCAUGCACCAUGUCCGCAAUGUCGCGACAGUCGUGCGUUGGCUUUUACGCGAAAAUAGACGUCAACAAUGUCCAACGCUCGUACGAUAGUUCUGUAGUCGAUAUAGACAUUUAACCCUAUUUUCACAGCGUACGAAAACGUUGAAGCUACUAGCAAUCUAUCAUUCAAUUCUCAAUGGACUUGAAUUUCUAUCGAUGAACAAUGGAAAAUCCUUUGUUAAUAUUUUAUAUUCGAAAAAAAGAUAUUUUUUUCUUUGUCUUUCUUUCCUGACAGGAUAUAAUCCAGUCAUAAAUCCUUGGAUAUGCGGGAUUAGUUAUUUUUCUGUUUUUUAUCUACAGUUUUGAAAUUCUCUCGAACCGUUUUUACUCGUGGGAUUUGAGGCCCCUCGUUUUAUUAAUAUUUUUAGCCAUAAUUGAAUACAACAAAUAAUAUGCUCUUAGCCAAGCCUCUAAUAGAAAUAACUCUCAAGUACGUAUGAAUGCGUAAACAUAUGCGCAUUUGCUCCCAUAGGCAUACGAGCUCUUCUCAAAUGCGCUUGACGUAUACACAAUGUGUAUCAUGAUUAACGCAUGUUGCACAAUACAAAAUUUAUUUAGGUUUACAAAGUCUGUGUUUUUUCAAAUAAAUUGACAUUUAAGGCAAUCGCUCUUCGUGGUACUGAAAAUGUAGUAAAAGUGUAGCGAGCUUGUUGGGUAUAAUAUGAAUGUCAUAAACUGUGUAAUGAACAUUAUGAUAAAUCUAAUCUAACUCGCGUGUGAUAUCUUGAAAAAAAACAUAAUUUAUCUUAAUCGGAUUAAAAAGCUAAUUAUUAAAUUGUCAAAAACGCUCAUCCUGUUGAUCAUUUUAAAACUACUCAUAUUAUCGUGGUAGAUACAGCUUUAAUAUAGUGUUAUCUAAUUUCUUAAGUGUUACAAUUUUCUGUUGAUAUUGCAGAACUCGACCUUUUGACGUUAUCAAAUCAGAAAUUUGAAUAGUGCGAAUUAAUUUUGGGGAAAAAUUAUUUUAAGCAUCGAUUAUUCUACGCUUGACUUUUUUUCAUAGUUUUGUGAACACGUUACACGCGAUGUGUUCUACUCGCGACAACUGUCAGCUUCCGGUAUACAAUGAGAAGUACAGGCUAUACGCCAGUCUCUCCUUUGCUGUUUUACUUUUGGGGGUUGGUGUGCCACUUUGGUGGUACACUACGGCAGUACCACGAGUCCCACUUCCCUAUUCGGGAAUCGCCCGAUUGUCCGACUUGGAUAUGAGAAUCAGCACGAGAAUCAUUGUGGCGACUUUCGCUCGUGAGAACGGAGAACUUUUGGCUGAUGAGGUCCGCGCGUUCUUUGCAGAUGCUGAGGUUUUGAAAGUUGACGUGGAUCACCAAGUAAUAUCCAGCAAUUUGGUAUCUAGAGCGUACACGACUCAUGACCUGGAAAAGGUCGCUGCAACGUUUGACCUGAAGGUCGGUGAAUUACUGCUACUAGAAGCGGCAAAUUUGAAAGAGGAUAUUCUGGUUGGUUCAAGAAGAACUAUUUAUUUCUCUAAAACAAGUGGUGGGGCUGAACUAGUACAAAUACUCUCCCAAUGGAUAUUACGUGAUAAAUCAUUAGCCUUGACGAAAAAUGCCCUAGCCGAACCUACGUUGUAUAGCUUGGACGAAGAGAACAGAAGACGCUUCCCAGCCAGUGCAGCAUACGACGUUCUACUCACUUUAGUGAAUCCUGAUCCAGAGAGCUUGAAGAUUGAUUGGAAUUUGCCAAGAGUGAUCGAUGAGUACAUAGAGCCGUUCCUCGAAGGAUUGUCAUUAAUUGCCAAUUUUUCAAUUAAGUCCCAAUGGCUUUAUCUACUUCCGUUAGACGUUACUCCAAAGCAAGUUCCUGACAGCAGUCCCUUGGGUAGACAUUACGCUCUACCGGAAAAUGUGCUACCGCAGCUUGUAACGCCUCUUGAAAAAAAGUUAGCGUCCCAGGUUAGUCUUCAUCCUUGUAUUAACUUAGUGGUGUACACAGUACCCUGCGACAAGGCACCGUUACAUAUCUACACCCGCACUGGACAUAGAUCAAAAUCAGCCAGUAACGUUGAAGCGUUUCUUUCACCAAGAUGGGGUGGUGUGGUAAUAUCUAAUCCGCCAUUAGAAGUUUGUGAAGAGGCAAUAACCAAGAAUAAGGAAACCGUUGUGGUUAUGCCUGAAGGAGGAACGAUUAUGGGAGUGUUCCUGGCCCAGCUAAGACUUCUCUUAGGCAUACCUGAUGCGAAUCCGAUCAAGGGUGCCGCUUUGGUACAGUUAGAAAAUUCUAAACCCCGCGAUUGGGAAUUUGACGCCCUCCUGCGAAUCCGCACCAUAGAACAGCUGACCUCAGCGAAGUUGACGCUACAGUCGUUGUCCCAACUCCUGAAGGAGAUCAGUAGUAUCGUUAUCACAGAGACAGUGGGUAAUCGUAUAAAGAGUGCCCUUGAUCUGGUGGAACGUUCUGCCGAGUUACUGGAACGUGGACAUCUUGUUCAAGGAUUCCUCUUGAGCAAAGAAGCCUUCGUCACGGCGGAAGCUGCCUUUACCGAUCCGUCGCUUCUUGCUCUCCUUUAUUUUCCAGAGGAUCAAAAAUAUGCCGUAUACGUUCCAUUGUUCCUGCCGAUAAUGAUACCGGUUCUAUUAUCAUUGAAAAAUAUAUAUCGAUACUUUUUUGAAAAAAAAGUGAACGGCGACAUGGGGAAGGAAGAAGAGACAUUAGUGGAGGAUUCCGAAAAAAUCAAGAAAAAUGAAGAAAAUGUUAAAUUAAAAACUGGUUAAUUUUUUUCUAGUUAGGAUUUUCACGGUCUAACCAAUCCCGUAAAAACAUGAUCGAUAGUACAGAGUGACAUUUUCCUUAUCACAGUAGAGUGUCUCGCAGCCUAUAUUCUCGUAGCUCAAAGAUUACCUGUGGUGGGAAUCUGAGCACUGUCAAUGGCACUUCACUUAGUUUAAAUACUUUCAUAUUACGUAAUUUGUGAGGAACUCCACUGUAUUUGCUAUACCGUUCAAGGUAUCGUUGGAUUGGAAUAAAAAUUUAAAAUCAUAAGAAAUUCAAUUAAAGGAAUUUGUAAAACAAA